UGAAGUGGUUUCAGGGUCUCAGCACUGCCUGCAUACUCGUUGGUGCACUUAUAGCAAAUUCUCCCCUUCUGGAAGCCGAGACCUCCACCCGCUGUUAGAAGAACACAAGCCAGUCUGGGGAAGGGAGAAAAAAGACAAAAGCACAACACACCUCUUGGCUCCUCUUUGAUGGCAAUGCCUCACAACUUGGCAGGAGAAAAUGGCUUCAACUUUACCCAGAAACUCAUUUUCUCCAGCCCGUCCAACCCAGAGGAGAACAGCCUUACUUUUGAUACGACCGGUCCCAAGGAAUCUUGCAACACUUCCGAGAGCAAUGGCACUUUAUACUCCAGCGCAAACAGCCCUUCGGACUCCUGCAUUAAACCCCUCUGUGACGAGGGGCCUGAAAACAAGAGCCAGUUCAGCAAAGGCAUUAAAUACGUCUCCUCAGAAGGGGAAGUGCUGGUGUGCGGAUGGGGAGCCUUCACGCCGAGUUGUUUACAAUUCUUCAACACGCCCAAGGGGGUCUUGUUCUUCCUUUGCGUGGCUUCUUUCCUCCAGGGGAUGACUGUGAACGGCUUCAUUAAUACAGUCAUCACCUCCAUAGAGCGGCGGUUUGAUCUCCGGAGCUACGAGAGCGGGCUGAUCGCCAGCUCUUACGACAUUGCCGCCUGUGUGUGCUUGACGUUUGUCAGUUACUUUGGGGGGAACGGGCAUAAACCACGGUGGCUCGGGUGGGGGGUGUUGAUCAUGGGCAUUGGGUCGGUCAUCUUUGCGCUGCCUCAGUUCACCACCAGCCAAUACGAAGUGCAUUUCUCGGAGGAGACUGGCAUGUGCUCCUCCAAUCAGAGUGUGGGGUGCACAGAAAGCGCCUCCAGCCUCUCCAGUUACCGGUUUGUCUUCAUGCUCGGACAGUUCCUACACGGGAUCGGAGCAACGCCAUUAUACACUCUUGGAGUGACCUAUUUGGAUGAAAAUGUCAAGUCCAACUAUUCCCCUGUGUAUAUCGCUAUUUUCUACACUGCUGCCAUAUUGGGUCCUGCAGCUGGCUAUCUGGUUGGAGGGAUCUUUUUGAACAUUUACACUGAAAUCGGAAGACAAAUUGAUCUUACACCGGACAAUACUCUGUGGGUUGGAGCUUGGUGGAUUGGAUUCCUGGGUGCAGGGGCUGGAUCCCUUUUGAUCGCGAUCCCCAUCUUGGGCUACCCUCAUCGCCUGCCAGGUUCUCAGCGCUACAUCGUCAUGAGAGUUUCGGAGGCCCAUCAGCUGAAAGACGGCAGCCACAAAACAGCCUCAGAUCCUGACUUUGGAAAGACGGUUAAAGACCUGCCACGGUCAGUGCUGCUCCUCCUGAAGAAUCCGACCUUCAUCUUCCUUUGCUUAGCUGGAGCAACAGAAGCCACACUCAUUGCUGGGAUGUCCACCUUCGGCCCCAAGUUUCUGGAAUCCCAGUUUAGCUUAAGUGCCUCGGAAGCAGCAACCUUGUUUGGUUACCUCGUGGUUCCAGCCGGAGGAGGAGGCACAUUCCUUGGAGGCUUCAUCGUGAACAAAUUUAAGCUGCGCUGUUCGGGGAUUAUCAAGUUCUGCUUGCUUUGCACCAUGUCCAGCUUGCUGGCUAUUUUCAUCUUUUUCAUCGACUGCCCCAACAUGCCCAUGGCUGGAGUGACGCAGAUGUAUGACAGAAGCAUCUUACCCGAAGGCCGCCUCAACCUGUCCGCCCCUUGCAAUGUGGAGUGUGAUUGUCUGCGAGAGAUGUACAGUCCCGUCUGUGGAAAUGAUGGAAUCAUGUAUUACUCCCCCUGCCAUGCAGGAUGCAAGAAAGUAUCAACCAGCCACGACGGCAGGAAAAAGGUUUACCACGAGUGCAGCUGUAUACUUGAUGCUCCCGCUGCACCUGGCUUGGCGACCACAGGAAAGUGUACCUCCUCAUGUGAGAGAAGGACCCUCCUCCUGGUUUUCAUGUUUAUGGUCAUCCUCUUCACAUUCCUGAGCAGCAUUCCUGCUCUGACGGCCACUUUACGGUGUGUCUCAGACAGGCAGCGAUCGUUUGCUCUGGGGAUCCAAUGGAUUGUAGUCCGGACACUUGGUGGUAUUCCAGGACCAAUUGCUUUUGGGUCGAUGAUUGACAGGUCGUGUCUCCUUUGGCAGAACCAGUGUGGUGAACAAGGAUCUUGCUAUGUCUACCAGAACUUUGCUAUGAGUCGAUACACCCUGGUCGCAGGUGUUAUAUACAAGGUGAUUGGAUCCUUCUUCUUCCUGCUUGCUUGCGCACUCUACAAGCCACCUCCCCCUGAAUCUGUUCCGGGAAGCUCUGACGCCUCUGAAAAUGGCAACUGUGACGUCCAAGAGAACAAAUACCCGCAUCAAUCUCAAGACGGCGUAUAGCACGGAGGAUACGACAAGUGACUUUCACACCAUUUCCAAGAUACUGUGUCUAAAGAAUAUGUAUUCAUCUUUUCCUGUUAAAUGAUUGGUAUUAUUUUUGUUCAUUUCCCCCUCCUCCGGGGAAGAAUAAUUUAACGGUAUAUAAUUUAGUAUUUUCUGAACAGCAAAAGCACACUGCAAAACUUGUGCACUGGCCUUGCCACCUUGAAGCCUAUCGCCAGGGUUUGGGACCUUUUUUUUUUCUUCAGUGCGGAAGAUGGAGGUGCAAGGAUUUUGGAAAGGCCACAGCCACAGUCUCAGAUGUCUCACACACGUGGCUGCUGCCAUUUUGGAAUGGAGCGCCGCCAUUUUGAAAUUUAUUUAUUUUUCUAAACCAAGAUGACAGCACCUGUGAGGCACUGGAAUGUGUUCUGCUUGGCUCGAGUGGGCAACCUUCACUUUACGAAGUGUCCCAACCUUGCAUUUAGAGACCAACUUUAAGCGUAACCUCAGCAUGCCACAAUGUUUUGUGGCGUCAACCAACCUCACAGUGUUAAUUUAUGUCAAGAAGGGCUAAACAUAGCUUCAGACCAUUCCUGUAUAAAGCACUUAAAGAGGCAAGCAGAGUUUACCCCAUGAGCCGUGUGUGGACACUGGUACAAGUUCUUCUCUGGUGUAAAUGUAAUUUGGCUGGUUUGUCGCUGCUCCUCGACAGGAAGUUCUGCGGUAACGUUCUUGGGUCCUCUUCCUUUUUUGGGUUUUCUGCUCAUCACUCGGGGGCUGCAACAUUGUAGUGACUCACAGAUAUGUAUCGGCCUCCACAGAUCAAAUACGACAGGCAGAAUUUCCAUAUCGCCACAACUCAAAACAUCCUUUCUAACGGAAGCCAUUCAUAUAUUUAGCCAUGAGUCACUAAGUGGGGGACAUGCAUUUGUGGUGGAUUGGCCUUUUUCUGUCUAGGCUUCUCUUGUAGCUGUUUUGUCUGUCAUGUAUAUUUUGCUCUUGGUGCUCAAAGUGGCUUCCCAGGCACUGUAGCCCUCCCUAGGAAGUGCCCCAUGGAAAGGAAGCUCUCUGGACUCCCUCUGUCUUAAAAGGAAGGCCUUAUACUUGCUGUCUACUGAUGCUAAAAAUGCACCAUACAUUGAAAGCACAUGACUUUCCCCAAAGCAUCCUGGGAGCAAUGGUUUUUUUUAAAGGGUGCUGGGAGUUAUAGUUCUGAGAGUGGUAAACUACAGUCCCCAUGAUUCUUUCAUAGAAUCAUAGAAUCAUAGAGUUGCAAGAGACCACAAGGGCCAUCUAGUCCAACCCCCUGCCAAGCAGGAAACACCAUCAAAGCAUUCUUGACAUAUGCCUGUCAAGUCUCUGCUUAAAGACCUCCAAAGAAGGAGACUCCACCACACUCCUUGGUAGCAAAUUCCACUGCCGAACAGCUCUUACUGUCAGGAAGUUCUUCCUAAUGUUUAGGUGGGAAGAAUGUUUGGGGGAAGCAAUGUUAUUUAAAUGUGUACACAGCAUGGGUGGUUGGAGUUGGCACCCUAUUCCAACCAGAAACCAUUUUACUGUUUCUGUACCCUUGUGAGUUCACUCCCCGAUGUGGGUGUGUGGCUCCAGAAUCAAUUCUUUUUCAGGCCCGGACUGCGUGUACAGCUGUUGCUGGUGUGAGAAGAAGCACCGGGACAAAUUCUUUCCUCAUGUUCAUUUAUGCCUUUUCCUUCCUCUGGGAUUUAAGCUGUCUGGAAAGCAAGCCUUAUGAGGAACAGUUGAGGGAAUUGAGUAUGUUUAUCUUGGGAAAGAGGAGAGGAGACUGAGAGGAGAUGCAAUAGCCACCUUCAAAUAUCUCAAGGGCAGUCACAUGGAGGAUGGAGCAAGCUUGUUCUCCCUUGCUCUGGAGGGUGGAAUCUGGACCAAUGGCUUCAAGUUGCAAGAAAGGAGAUUUCAACUAAAGAUCAGGAAGAGCUUUAUGACAGUAAGAGCUGCUCGACAG